AUGUUUCCAUCCAGAAAAUUAAUCCUUCUCGCAUCCGUCUUUGCGUUCCUCUUCUCGUUCAACGCAGGCGCCGCUACUACGUCGGAUCCAACUGUCGCUGAGUUAGUUCGUCUGCUUCAAGACGGGAGCGAUUAUCUCAUGAAAAUGGUCGCGCAAUCCGAUCCGCGCGUUGCUGAGAUCUUAUUGACCAAACAGACAGAUGGCGAAACGACGUCUUCGACGACGACGAUGGCACGGCAAACGAACGGCACGGCAAACUCUACGUUUUUAGAAUCUCUGGAGAAUGAUUUGGAUGACUUGUUUACGACCUUUUUAUCCUCCAUCGAUCCCAAUGAUGUCAACGCCGCUCAAGUUCGCAUCGCGAGCAGAAGUGAAGAAAAUUCUUCGAGCAGAAACGAGUUUUCCUCGACGUCUGAUCCGUCGUGUUUCCCUGGCUGGUACAGGCCGAAGUCGGUAAAGAGCGCGAGAAUUUUCGGGCCGCAACUAGGAAUUACGCUCAGAGCUGGCGAAUGUCGCGUUGUUAAAAACAUCACCAGCGCUUUGCGGAAAGUCGAGUGCGACUCGCCUUCAAUCGCGUACUCGGUAUUACCGGGAGGCGUGACUGCAAAGGGUGAAACGGCAGAACUUUUCGCCGGCGAAACGUGCGGAGUAUCGGAAGCCGAUCGAGAUUUGGUUGAGAUUUCUAAAGCGGAUAGAUUAAUAUCGUUCGACGAUCCGUUAAUAGUAGGGUUGAGUGAUUUCGCGUGA